GAUUGGGAACUACGAUUCCCAGAGGGCAGCGCGGUCGAGCGCCUCGGGCGGCCUUCGGAGGGGUUCUCCUAGUUUCAGCUCGCUGGGGUCUCUCCCAGCCGGAUGUAGUGUACGGUCCUGGCGGGAGGGGCGGCCCGCUGGGGGUCGUACCUCCUGGAGCCGCCCCCGGGACGUGAGUCCUGGAGGAGGCGAGGGGUGCUCUAGUUGUUGAGAAGACUAUGAACAGAUCAGAGAACUUGUUCUUUUCUGGCUCCUCAUUAGCAUCCCAAGUUCAUGCUGCUGCUAUUAAUGGAGAUAAAGGUGCUCUUCACAGACUCAUCAUAGGAAACUCUGCCCUUAAAGACAAAGAAGAUCAAUUUGGGAGGACACCACUUAUGUAUUGUGUAUUGGCGGACAGACUGGAUUGUGCAGAUGCUCUCCUGAAGGCAGGAGCAGAUGUUAAUAAAACUGACCACAGCCAGAGAACUGCCCUCCAUCUUGCAGCUCAAAAGGGAAAUUAUCGUUUCAUGAAACUCCUACUUACACGCCGGGCAAACUGGAUGCAAAAGGAUCUGGAAGAGAUGACCCCUUUGCACUUGGCCACUCGGCACAAGAGCCCCAAGUGUUUGGCACUUCUGCUAAAGUUUAUGGCACCAGGAGAAGUGGAUACACAGGAUAAAAACAAGCAAACAGCUCUGCAUUGGAGUGCCUACUACAAUAACCCUGAGCACGUGAAGCUGCUUAUCAAGCAUGAUUCCAACAUUGGGAUUCCUGACGUUGAAGGCAAGAUCCCACUUCACUGGGCAGCCAAUCACAAGGAUCCAAGUGCUGUUCAUACAGUGCGAUGCAUUCUGGAUGCUGCUCCCACGGAAUCUUUACUGAACUGGCAAGACUAUGAGGGUCGGACACCUCUUCACUUUGCAGUCGCCGAUGGGAAUGUGACAGUGGUUGAUGUCUUGACCUCAUAUGAAAGCUGCAAUAUAACGUCUUAUGAUAACUUGUUUCGAACCCCGCUUCACUGGGCAGCUUUACUAGGCCAUGCACAGAUUGUCCAUCUCCUUUUAGAAAGAAAUAAGUCUGGAACCAUCCCAUCCGACAGCCAAGGAGCAACACCUUUGCACUAUGCAGCUCAGAGUAACUUUGCCGAAACAGUUAAGGUAUUUUUAAAACAUCCUUCAGUGAAAGAUGAUUCAGACCUCGAAGGAAGAACAUCCUUUAUGUGGGCUGCUGGAAAAGGCAGUGAUGAUGUCCUUAGGACUAUGCUGAGUUUAAAAUCUGACAUUGAUAUCAACAUGGCAGACAAAUACGGAGGUACAGCUUUACAUGCUGCUGCCCUUUCUGGCCAUGUCAGCACCGUGAAAUUAUUGUUGGAAAAUAACGCUCAAGUAGAUGCCACUGAUGUCAUGAAGCACACUCCACUUUUCCGAGCCUGUGAGAUGGGACACAAAGAUGUGAUUCAGACACUUAUUAAAGGUGGAGCGAGAGUAGAUUUAGUUGAUCAAGAUGGACACUCCCUUCUACAUUGGGCAGCACUAGGAGGAAAUGCUGAUGUUUGCCAGAUAUUGAUAGAAAAUAAGAUCAAUCCAAACGUGCAAGAUUACGCAGGACGAACCCCUCUGCAGUGUGCUGCGUACGGCGGCUACAUCAACUGCAUGGCAGUGCUCAUGGAAAAUAAUGCAGACCCCAACAUUCAAGACAAAGAGGGAAGAACAGCUUUGCACUGGUCCUGUAACAACGGAUACCUCGAUGCCAUUAAAUUACUACUAGACUUUGCUGCUUUUCCUAAUCAGAUGGAAAACAAUGAAGAAAGGUACACUCCCCUUGACUAUGCUUUGCUCGGUGAGCGCCACGAAGUGAUCCAGUUCAUGUUGGAGCACGGUGCCCUGUCCAUCGCAGCCAUACAGGACAUCGCUGCCUUCAAAAUCCAGGCCGUCUACAAAGGGUACAAGGUCAGAAAGGCUUUUCGAGACCGGAAAAAUCUCCUCAUGAAGCAUGAACAGUUGAGAAAAGAUGCUGCUGCCAAGAAGCGAGAGGAAGAAAACAAACGAAGGGAAGCAGAACAGCAGAAGGGAAGGCUGAGUCCAGAUUCCUGCAGACCCCAAGCCCUUCCCUGUCUGCCCAACACCCAGACUGAUUCCCACAGGCAGAGCCGGGCCCCCAGCAAACAGCCUCCCGCCAGCGACGCAGCCCAGGACCCUUACAAGAGAGCCUGUCGAGGAGGUCCAGGCAGAGUAUCUCCAAGCAGAGUUCCCCAGAAGGAGCAGCAUCUUUCCCCAGAUGUGCAGGGAACAGUCCCCAGAAAGCCAAACGAAUCACCCAGAGAACAGUGUAAAGGCCGGUCUGCCUGUGUCCACUUUAGCCCCAGUGAAGGCAGUGAUGGAAAGAGACAUCCUGGAGUCUCCUCUGUUGAGAAGUCCAGAAGUGAGACAGGUGGUGAGCAACGCUGUGACAAGGGGAAAGGCUUCUUGAAGCAGCCUUCCUGUAUCAGGGUGGCUGGGCCUGGUGACGAAGGAGAGGACCCCGGUUGGGCAGCUGCAAGCCUUCCACAGCAGGACGGCCACCGGAAACCCAGCAGGCGGCAGGACACAGCAUCCAAGGCCAAGUGCGCCUCCCAGAAAAGACGCGUUCAAGAGCUCCGAGGAGGAAGGCACUCCCCCGCUGGUUCUAGCCGGCCUGGCAGCGCCAAGGGGGAGGUGGUCCAUGCUGGGCCGAAUGCUCUCCACCACCGGACACCAAGAAUCAAAACGACGCAGGACAAGCUCGCAGGAGGGAUCUACUCAGACUUGCCACAGAACACAGAAGUGUUGAGGUCAGGAGUCAGGAAGUCGGGGACAUCCACCCUGUCUGAGGAUGCUCAGGUAUCCAAGGAGACGGAUCCAGCACCUGGUCCCCUCUCUGGGCAGAGUGUGAAUAUUGACCUUCUCCCCGUAGAGCUGCGUCUGCAGAUAAUCCAGAAAGAAAGAAGCAGAAAAGAGCUGUUUCGCAAAAAGAACAAGGCGGCAGCUGUUAUCCAGCGGGCCUGGAGAAGCUACCAGCUGAGGAAGCACCUGUCUCACCUUCUGCAUAUGAAGGAGCUUGGAGCCAGGGAUGUGGACAGAUGGAACCGAGAGUGCCUGGCAUUGCUGCUCCAAGUUUGGAGGAAGGACCUGGAACUAACCCCCCCAAAGACCACUGCAGUAACCAGGACCACCAAGAGUCUAUCCAAGGGCAGCUCAGGGGCAAAGUCUACCAGGCACUCGGUACUCAAGCAAAUCUAUGGUUGUUCCCAAGAAGGGAAAGUACCUCAUUCCACAAGAUCUUCCAGAACCCAUUCUGUGCUGCAUCUCAAUUCAGUGAGCAACUUGCAGUGUAUACACCUCCUUGAGAACAGUGGAAGAUCAAAGAAUUUUUCUUAUAAUCUGCAAUCAGCUACUCCACCAAAAACCAAAACAAAGCUUCGACCAUCUCUGGAGGAAGACUGUGUCCGGAGUAGCUGGAAGAGCUAGUGCAGAAUUCUUAUUCUCUGCUGAUGAUCUUUUACCUGUUGGAAAAAAACCUCAGUACUCAUGCCUAACGUCUUAAUGGCCUGAAAAAGUGUUAAGUGAAUAACCAUGUCAGGGUGUCUUUCUGCUCUUCCACAGCACUGUUUUGUAAACUAUCUUAGCCUGUGCUACAAGGACCACAGUACAUGGUGCCUGCGCAAAGCUUCCGGGACGUCUGCCUUCACUCAGUAUGGCUGUAAAGUACAACUCAGACUUUACUGUUAAUUAUAAGUAAAACUAAAAACAUGAACACAAACAUGACAUUUCUGCCAGCCAGCUGAUGCAGGCCUGGUGGGGGUUUUUUGUUGUUUUUGGGUUUUUUUGCUCUGAUGAAAAACCUAGAUGAGUUAGGGAGGAGUUGGUUGUAGAGCAACCAUCUUCUUCAUUUCACUACUUUUCUCCAAAUUUUGGGCCAGAAUCAUGACCUAACAUUUGCUUUUAACAAUUGUUAAGACAAUAUGGGGUGCCUGGAUGGCUCAGUUAAGUAUCUGCCUUCAGCGCAGGUCAUGAUCCCACGGUCCUGGGAUCAAGCUCUGGAACGGCUCCCUGCCCAGCAGAAAGUCUGCUUCUCCCUCUCCCUCUGCCCCCUGGCUGUGCUCUCAAACAAAAUCUUAAGUAAGACAAUAAUAGGAACUCUGUUGAUUCCUUAUAUUUUACAGUUCCCAUGUUAGCUUCUGAGGCCACAGGUUGCUACCAUUGUCCUGUGAACAGCAGUCUCCCUUGCUGAGCGCCAGCAGCAGUAUCUCAGCGCCGAGGAAUCAAAUGGGGAGGUCUACAGACCAGACCAUUCAUGUAUAAGGUACCAAUUCAGGCCUUACCAUUUCACUUGUCAAGUAUUUUCUGCCUGACCUGUACAGGUAAGCACUCUUGUCAAAAUGCCAUUCCUACUGGGCAAGGGAAACUGCGCUAAAACUACAUACAUUCUAACUCUAAGAACACCUGGCAUAAAUACAAUCCAGCGAUCACAGGCUUUUUCACAUAUUUAAGAGCAAAGUAACUACAGGAAUGUAGACAGAAGGCAUAGUGGCAUAUUAAACUCAAACAUUUCUAGGAACACUUCCAUUUUCUUAAAACUACUGCCACCCCUGUCCUAAGAAGCAAUAAAAUGUUAACAAUUAGCAAACUGUUGAAAAAUGAAGGUAAUUUCUUAAUUAUGAAAAUAGUGAUUACACUUGACCCUUGAACAACCAGGUUUGUGUGGAUCCAUUGAACAUGUGUUUUUUUUUCAAUAAAUACAUAUGGUAUCGAUAAAUACAGCCAUAGUACCGCAAAUGUGUUGCUUUCUCUAGCUUGCUUUAUUUAAAAAAAUAAGGUAUCUAAUUCGUAUAACAAAACACGUGUAAACUAAUUAUCAGUAAGGCUUCUGGUCAACAGUAUGCUAUUAAUAAUAAAAGGUUUUGGGGAAUCAAAUGUCAUACAUUUUUUGAUGGGGGGGUGUCAGCACCCCCAAAUCCUCCCCCAACAUUGUACAAGGGUUAGUAUGAACUGCUAUAUAGAACUUGUAAUUUUAAAAGAACUAUAAUGGUCAUUAGUAAAAAGUACUUUUGAAAGAAUUAACUGGAUCAAACCAAGUACCAUUUAGCAUGAUCUUGUUCCUGCAUAGAGGGACAGAAAACUGCUGUAAAUAACAGAACUCCAUAGUGAGAAGCUGAAUGUCAUGGCAGCUGUUCCCAAAUAAACAACUGGUUUCUGUUGCUAUCUGAAUGAACUGGAGCUGAGACCGCAAAGAUUCUGCUACUUCUUGGUAAAUAAUAGAAGGUACUAUAUUACCACUCCAUAUUUUAUAAAUAUUUAGUUCCUA